GAUUAUUUUCGGACGGACCAAAAAGGAAAAUGGGAAGAAUAUUUCGGGACGGAGGGAAUAAAUCAAAUAUCUUAUUUUAGUUAAAUGCAAAACUCAAGAAAUUAAAGUAUUGGGAGGCAUUAUGCAAUGAAAUUACUGAAAGGAGACGGCCUUCUCGUAUGUGCACCUUCCUCUCCAGAUCGAACUUUGGGUCAAUGGCGAAUUGGACUCUGAUCACAAUCACUACGCUACUGCUCGCCCUUGUGCUGCGGCUCGCUGCAGCCGUGCUCAGUGGGCGGAGGAACAGGAAAAAAGCCGUCGGAAUCUUCCACCCUUACACCAAUGACGGUGGCGGCGGAGAGCGAGUCCUCUGGUGUGCCGUCAAGGCUAUCCAAGACGAGUACCCCGAUCUCCGCUGUGUUAUUUACACCGGAGACCACGAUGCUUCUCCCGAAAGUCUCCACGCUCGCGCCUUUGGUCGAUUCGGUGUCGAAUUGCUCAAUCAUCCUCAGGUGGUCCAUCUAUAUAAGAGAAAAUGGAUCGAAGAGACCAUGUAUCCUCGAUUCACAAUGAUUGGUCAAAGCCUUGGUUCUGUCUAUCUUUCAUGGGAAGCUCUCUCCAAGUUUACACCUCUAUACUAUUUAGAUACAAGCGGAUAUGCUUUUACUUAUCCAGUUGCCCGGACCUUUGGAUGCAAAGUAAUGUGCUAUACACAUUACCCCACAAUCAGCUUGGACAUGCUGUCGCGCGUUCAUUCUCGGAAUUCUAUGUACAAUAAUGAUGCCUUGAUUGCUAAGAGUGGCUUAUUGUCGCGGUGCAAAGUUAUUUAUUAUACAAUUUUUAGCUGGAUGUAUGGUUUUGUUGGUUCAUGGUCACAUCUAGCAAUGGUGAAUUCCUCGUGGACUCAAUCUCAUAUUGAGAAGCUCUGGGGAAUAGCAUCUCGUACUAGGAGGGUAUAUCCUCCUUGUGAUACUUCAAGGCUUCAGGAGCUCCCUCUUGAAAGGCCAAUGGAGCGUCCUACGAUUAUAUCUGUAGCUCAAUUUCGUCCUGAAAAGUCCCACCCUCUCCAAUUGAAGGCUUUGGCUCUUUCCAUAAAAAAGUUAGAACCAAACCUACCGAGGCCCAAGCUCCAACUUGUUGGUAGUUGUAGAAACGAAGCAGAUGAGAAUAGACUUCAAAAGUUGAAGGACAUGGCAAAAGAGCUAAAAGUUGAAAAUGAUGUGGAAUUCCACAAGAACGUAGCGUACAGUGAUCUUGUGAGGCUUUUAGGCUGUGCCGUUGCUGGUAUACAUACGAUGAUAGAUGAGCACUUUGGCAUAUGCGUUGUGGAGUACAUGGCUGCCGGAGCCAUACCAAUCGCUCAUAAUUCUGCUGGCCCCAAGAUGGACAUUGUAUUACCCCAAGAUGGAAAGCAGACUGGAUUUCUGGCGCAAGAUGUGGAAGAAUAUGCCGGUGCCAUUGUUGAAGUCAUAAAGAUGUCUGGUGCCCAGAGGAUGGAGAUGGCUGCAGCUGCAAGGAGGCGAGCUUCGUUGUUCUCUGAACAAAGAUUUUAUGACGAUUUUAAAGCCGCGGUUCGACCAAUCUUGUCUCAUGGGAGGUCCUAGUGAUGAUCUGACUAUUGUUCCUAGGAGUUUGGAAACAAACAUUUCAUGUCUACAUACUUGCACCUAGUGCAAAAAAACAUUAUGCUAAAGAUUUCAGAACUCUCUAACAUGGUGGUGCUUCCAUUUCACAAUAUUAACAGUCAUCAUAUGCUAGGUUGAAAAAGGAUUUAUGCAUUUUGCAUACAUAAUAUGGUUCUAUUAUAGAUGAACAUGAUGUACAUAGGGUAUAAUAAAUGGUUCUACUAACG